CUUCCACACUAUUCUUGCCUCCAUCAUCAUCAUGGCAUGUGUGAUGGCUGCGUUCUACGAUGCAGUCGCGGGCAGAAUCGAGGUAAGUUGGCCACAUUUGCGUUCACUUUCGAACGAUUUGGUGUUUGGUGUUUCUGAGUGCGUAGGAUGAGCCCUGCUCGCGACGAUGGCUCUCUCUCCAAAGCGCCGUGCUGCAGGCGUCAGUCAAAAUGCAGGAGACCGUGUUCCCGGUGCUGCCUGGCCUUCUUGUCAUGGUCUUCGUGAUGCCCAUGUGUUGCACCUUGGAGAUUAUGAUGCGAGGGCUUAAUGCCUCACCGUUCGCCUUGCUGACGGCUCCGCACAUCUUCACCAUGUUCGUCCCACUGUGUUUCGCUGGAGACAUGUUGGCCGACUCGUGUGAGGCGGUAGGAGCAGCUGCGUACAACGGAGCAUGGGAUGAGGAAACGCCGUCGCAACGCCGGGUUCGCUUCAGCGUGAUUCAGGCAUCGCGUGUCAAAGCCGGCAUCAGAGGCAUCGGGAUCGGCAACUUGGACCGGCCGGCCUGCAGCGACGCCCUCAAAUCGUGGUACUCCUUCGUGCAGUUCUUCGCCGGCCUCGGAGAACUCGGAGACCCUCAAAAGGGCUAG